AUGAAAGAAUACCGUCACAUCAAUAUAACCCGAUCAUCCAGUUUGUUAAAUUUAGUGAAACCCCCAUCAUCCUCUUCACUCACCUUCGGUUCUCAUCUGAAAUGCAGUUUUCUAAAAAGGCAGAAUCUUAGCGGGGAAGUCCCUUCAGAACUGUUUAGACUCCCUUACCUCGUAGAAAUUGACCUCACUCGCAACUACCUUAACGGCACUAUCCCUCAAGAAUGGGGUACCAUGCAACAACUUGAAAGCAUUUCCCUCUUGGGAAAUCGUAUUACAGGUCCAAUACCGGGCGAACUUGCCAACAUCAGUACUCUUUCGGAUCUAGUCCUAGAGUGCAAUCAUUUGUCUGGAAAUAUUCCUCCAGAGUUUGGGAAUUUUUCAAGCAUACAGAAAAUACAAUUGACGUCAAACAAUCUAACUGGGGAAUUGCCUGCUACUCUAGCAAAAUUGACUACAUUGAAAGACUUCCGUAUUGGUGAUAACAAGUUUAGUGGAAGCAUACCUAAUUUUAUCCAGAGCUGGACAAAUUUAGAAAAGUUAGUGAUUCAGGGUAGCGGUUUGAGUGGGCCGAUCCCUUCAGUCUUUGCUUCCCUGACCAAGUUGACUGAUGUGAAAAUCAGUGAUUUGAAUGGCAAUGAUUCAACUUUUCCACCUCUUAGUAACAAUAGAAACCUGAAGAAACUGAUACUAAGGAGCUGCAAUAUUGUUGGUCAGAUACCAAGUUAUAUCGGGACAUUGCCUAAUUUGAAACUCUUAGACCUCAGUUUCAACAAACUAAGUGGAUCGAUUCCUGAUAAUUUUUUGGGCCUGUCAAACACAGAGUACAUAUAUCUAACUGGGAACUCCCUAACUGGUCCAUUGCCUGGUUGGAUGCUGAAAGAUGGAGAUUCCAUUGAUCUAUCCUACAACAACCUUACAUUUGAAAACAAAUCCUCAAAUUGUCAACCGCGCAGUGAACUGAACUUGUUUGAAAGCUCAAAGGGAAAUACAACUGGUAUCACAUCUUGUUUAAGGAGCUUUCACUGUGAGAAAAGUAAGUUAAAGUUCACUUCUACAGGAUUGCCUAACCCAUUUCUUUAAGGUUGGCCACUUUGUUUUCAUUGUAUUUGAAGUCAAAUAAAAAAUUUAUGGAAAUUACGAAAUGGAAAAUGAUAUAGGAUGAAAACAAGUAAAAGAGGGUGUAGAAAUCAUCAUGUCAUUGUAAUGAACAAAAUGUGGAAUUAAAGAUGUGACAACGGGAAUUUACAUAAAUAGUAUGAUGUCAGAGUGUAGUCUCUUGGCUCCUUUUCACUCUCUCCUUUGAUUAUUAGAACUUGACACGACCUGUCCCGAAUCACCAUAGUGGACCCGGAGCAUGACGUGCGCCGAUGAUAAAUGCCAGAUACAUCACCAAUGCUAACUAUGAGCUACCACAAAAUAUGAGCCAAAAUCAAAUGCUUAUGAAAAUAUAAUGCGAUGGGAACAAAAUAAUUAAUUCGUGUUUUAUCAAAAUUGUUGCAGAAUCAACCUCCAAUUGAUGGAUUUUCCGGGCUCAAGAUACCAAUUUUGACCUUCACAACACCCAAGCAAAUCACGACCCAAACCUCCAACCUUCUUCCACACUCUGGUUGCUUUACCUUGUACCCACUAAGGACACAAUAGGGAUGGUGUUUUUCAGCCACAAAGACUGAAAAAUCAAGAAGAAAAUUAGCAAGAAG